CUACACUUCACUGCACAAAAUGGCCACGUCGACACUGCGCGUGCCCUUCUCGAGCGUGGUGCAGCUGUCGACUCGCAAAACAAGAACAACUGGACACCGCUACAUAUCGCUGCAGAAAGUGGCCACGCCGACAUUGCGCGUACCCUUCUCGACCGCGGUGCAGCUGUUAAGCUGCAGAACAAGAACGGCUGGACGCCGCUACAUAUCGCUGCACAAGAGGGCCACGCCGACGUUGCGCGUAUCCUUCUCGAGCGCGGUGCAGCUCCCAAGUCGCGGAACAAAUAUGGCUCGACACCGCUACAUGUCGCUGCAGAAAAUGGCCAUGCCGACACUACACGUAUCCUUCUCGGGCGCGGUGCAGAUGUCAACCGGCAGAACAAGAACGGCUGGACGCCGCUACAUUGCGCUGCAGCAAUUGGCCACGCCGACAUUGCGCGUAUCCUUCUCGAGCGCGCUGCAGAUGUCAAUUCGAAGAGCAAGGACAGCUGCACACCACUACAUUGCGCUGCAGCAAUUGGCCACGCCGACACUGCGCGUACCCUUCUUGAGCGCGGUGCAGCUGUCGACUCGAAGAGCAAGGACGGCUGGACACCGCUACAUGUCGCUGCACAAAAGGGUCACGCCGACACUACACGUACCCUUCUCGAGCGCCGUGCAGCUGUCGACUUGCAGAACAAGGACGGCUUGACGCCGCUGCAUGUCGCUGCAGAAAAUGGCCACGCCGACAUUGCGCGUACCCUUCUCGAGCGUGGUGCAACUGUCGACGUGCGGCAACGGGACGGGUGGACACCGCUACACAUCGCUGCAGAAAAUGGCCACGCCGACAUUGUGCAUACCCUCCUCGAGCGCGAUGCAGCUGUCGACUUGCAGAACGAGUAUGGCUUGACACCGCUACAUGUCGCUGCACAAAAGGGCCACGCCGACACUUCACGUACCCUUCUCGAGUGCGGUGCAGCUGUCAACCCGCAGAACAAGGACGGCUGGACACCGCUACAUAUCGCUGCACUAACUGGCCACGUCGACAUUGCGCGUACCCUUCUCGAGCGCCGUGCAGCUGUCGACUUGCAGAACGAGUACGGCUUGACGGCGCUACAUGUCGCUGCACAAAAUGGCCACGCCGACAUUGUGCGUACCCUUAUCGAGCGCGGUGCACCUGUCGACUCGCAGAACAAGAAAGGUGCAACACCGCUACAUAUUGCUGCACAAAAUGGUCACGUCGACAUCGUGCUCACUCUUCUCGAGCAUGGUGCGGCUAUCAACGCGCAGGAUAAGGACGAACGAAGCCCGUUGUUUUACGCGGCCUCGAACGGGCACAUCGGCGCUUCCCGCGUUCUCCUCGACAACGGUGCCGGCAUCGCAGCUGUGGACAUGAAGGAAUUACGCGCGCCGGACCGCGCGAAGGCGAAGGGACAUACUGAGGUCAUGCGCCUGCUUCUCGACCACGGCGCCGAAGAGAACCCACCACAACGAACCUGCGGCCUGAGACGUGCAUGGAUAUCACACAGAUAGGGCAUGCCGCACAUGUGCUGUACAGCCCGUAACGCGUUCACGGAGGAUAGGCGAUUUGGAGGUUGUGACACUGUUAGGAGGAGACAAGCGGAGGAGAUGGACAGGCGAACAGUACGCAAGGUCAAAAGCUCCGGUGCGGCGAUGUGAGAAGUAGGCGAAGCGACAUCUCGAGGGGCAAUCCACCAGUCUAGCCAUAUAUUUUUGUGCUCGUUCAGUGUAUAUUUCAUAUAUUCUUAGAGGAUAGAACACUAGAGGAUUAUGCAUAUGUUUUGCCACUGUAGAAUCAAUAUCAUACUUGUAUACUCCGCUGCUGCAAAUCCUACCACACCCCGCCUGUCCUCAAGCUAGCAUAGCACCCUUGUUGAGAUUGUCGAGGCAGACCGUAUCAUUGCAAGUGUACCCUCGACGAUCCGUCUUGAUUAUCCCGCUCUCCUACGCCGUCUUGAGGACCGCCUCGUCAUUGACGAUUGCGACGCCCAUGCCGAAUUGCAUCAUGGGAAACGGCCUGAGGGUACACGGGGACUGGCAGCGGAGGAGAGUGGGUUGCAUCGUGCAUGACAAAGUCGCGGUGACGGAAAGGGACAGGAUUUAAACUAAUAGGUGAGUUUCACGACAUGCUUAAAAACUCGCUACGUGCUUACUAUGCUCCAGCUCGCGGGUGUGCGCGACGGCAGAGACGCCACGAGAAGCCAGAGUGCACCCUCAAGCAGGACACCUUGGCGCUGACAUUCGGCGGAGAAGAGGAGUGCCCUAGGUGACGGCGGCUUGGUCGUUGCGGACGCGCUCGGUACGGGCCGCAGCCUCGGUAAGGAGGCGCCCCUUCUCAAGCUUCGCGUCGACAGUUGUGAGAUCAACUGGGAUGCUGAGGACCGGUAGCUUGCGCUCCUUCGCAGGACCGUCAAGAACGGCACGGGCAGAAUGAGGCUCGAGUAUCGGAGAAGGAUGGGAAGUGACAACGGGCCCAGUACUCGGGAUGACGAUGGAAGGCUUUGGAGAUUCGCAAACGUCCUCGUCGACGACCUUCUUGGAUACGCGCGCACAAGAGUGAGAGCGUACGCCGCCACGAACAAUCGGGAGCCAGUGUUGGCGGCAACGCCCUUCAGUAAGAUCCCGUUGAGGGCAACACUGAUACCGAGAAGAACGGCGAUCCACUUGGACAUGACGAAUGAUUAAGAUGGAUCAGCCGGACAUGAAGUUCUCGACGAUUUCGCUGGUAUUGGCUGUCCACGCGUCAGCACUAGUGCAGCCGGAGCGCACACUAGAAGUGGAAGCGAUAGGAUGCGCCUGCGUAGCUGCUGGAACAGCACGAACGUAGAUGGGAGACGUAAUCUUCACAUAAGUCGAAGCAUCGCUGACGACGGUGGUUGUUUCCACUUCGGCCAGAGCGGAGAGGACGGUGGUAGCCUGGGGAGAGGUAGAAUCGACACGUGGAGGGGGGACAGCGGUCUCCAUUAGUACGGGAGUGUGCUUAUGGCGGCGUUCAGGAACAGUUGCUGGGGAGAGUAGCGUCGUGCAGAAGUUAGUGGUGCGCAGCGUGAGGAAGGUCGCUAGCUGUGA